AUGUCGAUACAUCCGUCGAGACAAGCAUAUGUUGAAGAGGAAGAGGCAGACGCAGGCAUUGAUAUCAACAGCAUACCAAUCGACCGCAACCAUGCCAUACCUUCAUCCGGCGGCCGGCAUGCGAACACGGUCCUCAACGACUUCGCCCGGAAACGAAAAGCAGCCGCCCUAGCAGUCCCCACAGAUGACAAGCGAGUGCGACUCGAGCUGCGACAACGGAGCGAACCUAUCACAUUAUUCGGUGAGCGACCUGAGGAUCGGCGAGACCGACUACGAGGACUUCUGCUCCAGGAGCAAGAAGGAGGAGAUGGAGAAGUCCCUGACGAAGAUGCGCCAAUGCGGGAUAUGUUUGAUGAGGAUGAAGACGAGGAGGAAGGUGAGUUCUAUACCCAAGGCUCCGACGCAUUGUUAGAGGCACGGAAGGAGAUGGCGAAGUUCAGUCUGCCAAGAGCGAAGAAGAGGAUUCAGCAUCAGAGGCUGGAAAGUGCGAUACCGGUGCAAACUCAUGUCAAGUUUCGGAAGGGAAUGAAGGAGAGGCUAGGAGGCUUCGAACUAUUUGGGAGUCAGAUCGCGAGCGAGAGGCCAAUGAGUAUUGUGCGCUUCGCGCCUAACGGCGAGGUGAUGGCUUGUGGUGAUUGGGCUGGGAGUAUUAAACUAUUGGAUGUGCCGAACCUCGAGACGAAGGCUGUGCUCAGAGGACACAAGCAGAUGGUGGGUGGACUGUCUUGGUAUCCAGGUGCUACGCUCCCCGACUCUGGAGUCAGCCCCGAAAACCUCAAUCUGGCUUCAGCAGGGGGCGAAGGCGAUAUUCAUCUCUGGUCGCUGAAUCAGGAUACUCCCAUCAGUACUUUAUCAGGCCACGCUGCUCGAGUCUGCCGAACGGAGUUCCAUCCCUCGGGUCAAUAUCUUGCUUCGGCUUCCUACGAUACGACCUGGCGACUCUGGGACGUGGCGACAACGACCGAACUCCUGCUACAAGAAGGUCAUAGCAAAGAAGUCUUCACUGUCGCCUUCAACAUCGAUGGUAGUCUUAUCGUCUCUGCUGGUCUGGACAGUAUUGGUCGCGUAUGGGAUUUGAGGACUGGGAGAACGGCGAUGCUGUUGGAGGGACAUGUGGCGCCCAUUCAUGCGGCUGAUUGGGGCGUGGAUGGGUAUAGGGUACUUACUGGCAGUGCUGAUGGUUUCGCGAAAUGCUGGGACCUGAGGAGUCUUAGGGAGACGGCCAGUAUCGGUGCUCAUAAAGGUGGCGUGACCGAUCUGAGGUGGUUCAAAGGUACAGAUGGACCGCUAUCUGGACAGACUGCGGAGAGCAAAGCAGCGGAGGAUGUGACGAUGACGAAUGGUGGCAAUGAGGAAGACAACGAGGCUGCAGAAGGCGGACGGUCACGAGAGCCGAAGAAAGCAGGCACGUACAUUGUCAGUAGUGGCUUUGACAAGGCUGUCAAUGUCUGGUCUGCAGACGACUGGGCGCUGUGCAAGUCGCUUACAGGCCAUGAUGGUACUGUCUUGGCCGCGGAUGUCACGCAGGACUCGAAGUGGAUUGCUUCGUGUGGACGAGAUCGCACUGUUAAGCUUUGGGCGAGAGACGAUAUGUCGGGUAUAUGA